AUGGAUUUAUAUUCACUAGGUCCCAGAUGCCCGGAGUCCCACCCAGAGCACAGUAAACUGGUGAAGUCAGGCAUGAUGAGUUCUAGCUAUGUCUGUGAAGACGGGUACCACAUGAACGGAGACAGUAGUUUUUCCAUAGUUUGUCUUUCAAAUGGAAAGUGGAAUAUUACAGCAGGUUGCUCGGACAAGAACGAAUGCAUCCUGGGCACCCACAAUUGCAGUCAACACGCAAAAUGCACUAAUUUACCCGGUAGUUUUAGCUGUUCUUGUAAUUCUGGCUACACCGGUGAUGGCUACAACUGUAAUGAUAUUGAUGAAUGCAAAACAACCAACAACUGCAGCACUUCGGCUAGCUGUACCAAUACCAAUGGUGGCUAUACCUGCUCUUGUAAUUCUGGCUACACCGGUGAUGGCUACAACUGUAAUGAUAUUGAUGAAUGCAAAACAACCAACAACUGCAGCACUUCGGCUAGCUGUACCAAUACCAAUGGUGGCUAUACCUGCUCUUGUAAUUCUGGCUACACUGGUGACGGCUACAACUGUAAUGAUAUUGAUGAAUGCAAAACAACCAACAACUGCAGCACUUCAGCUAUCUGUACCAAUAACUAUGGUGGCUAUACCUGCUCUUGUAAUUCAGGUUACACUGGUGAUGGCUACAACUGUAAUGAUAUUGAUGAAUGCAAUACAACCAACAACUGCAGCUCCUCAUCUAGCUGUACCAAUACCAAAGGUGGCUAUACCUGCUUUUGUAAUUCUGGUUACAUUGGUGAUGGCUACAACUGUAAUGACAUUGAUGAAUGCAAUACAUCCAACAAAUGCAGCUCCUCAGCUAGCUGUACCAAUACCAAUGGUGACUAUACUUGCACUUGCAAUUCUGGCUACACUGGUGACGGCUACAAAUGUUAUGAUAUUGAUGAAUGCAAAACAAACAACAACUGCAGCUCCUUGGCUAACUGUGCCAAUACCGAUGGUGGCUAUACCUGCUCUUGCAAUUCCGGCUUCAGUGGUGAUGGCUUUAACUGUAAUGAUAUAGAUGAAUGCCAAACAACCAACAACUGCAGCACUUCAGCUAGUUGUACCAAUACCAAUGGUGGCUAUACCUGCUCUUGUAAUUCUGGCUACACCGGUGAUGGCUACAGCUGUAAUGACAUUGAUGAAUGCAAUACAACCAACAAAUGCAGCUCCUCAGCUAGCUGUACCAAUACCAAUGGUGGCUAUACCUGUUUUUGUAAUUCUGGCUACACCGGUGAUGGCUACAACUGUAAUGAUAUUGAUGAAUGCAAAACAACCAACAACUGCAGCUCCUCAGCUAGCUGUACCAAUACCGAUGGUAGCUAUACCUGCUCAUGUAAUUCUGGCUUCACCGGUGAUGGCUACAACUGUAAUCAUAUUGAUGAAUGCCAAACAGUCAACAACUGCAGCACUUUGGCUAUCUGUACUAAUACCAAUGGUGGCUAUACCUGCUCUUGUAAUCCUGGCUACACUGGUGAUGGCUACAACUGUAAUGACAUUAAUGAAUGCCAAACAACCAACAACUGCAGCUACUCAGCUAGCUGUACCAAUACCAAUGGUGGCUAUACCUGCUCUUGUAAUUCUGGUUACAGCGGUGAUGGCUACAACUGUAAUGACAUUGAUGAAUGCAAUACAUUCAACAAAUGCAGCCCCUCAGCUGGCUGUACCAAUACCAAAGGUGGCUAUACCUGCUCUUGUAAUUCUGGUUACACUGGUGAUGGCUACAACUGUAAUGACAUUGAUGAAUGCCGAACAACCAACAAAUGCAGCUCCUCAGCUAGCUGUACCAAUACCAAAGGUGGCUAUACCUGCUCUUGUAAUUCUGGCUACAGCGGUGAUGGCUACAACUGUAAUGACAUUGAUGAAUGCCAAACAACCAACAACUGCAGCACUUCGGCUAGCUGUAACAAUAUAAAUGGUGGAUAUAACUGCUCUUGCAAUUCUGGGUAUAAUGGAAACGGCUAUCUUUGUGAAGAUGUGGAUGAAUGUAGCAAUGGUCAACACAACUGUUCUGGUGAACAUGUGGUUUGUCGUAACACCUUUGGGAGCUACAAGUGCCAGUGCGAAAAUGGUUAUUUUGAAAAUGGAAAUACGUGUUCCAGUAAGUUAUAUUAG